AUGGAGAAAGGACUACUCCUGGACGGUAAAAAAGCCCUUCUGUUUCGCUUCCGGACCUCAGAAAGACCGAGUGAGUGGUGCAGGUUCGGGACAAGGGUAGCAAUCCAUUCUUUCCGGCUAAGAAAGUUCCAAGUUUUGUCUCAAACUGGUCUUCCCGCUCAAGGAGAAAGGUUCGUUGUACUGUUAAAAUGCAAUUGGAAUUCGGAUUGCAUCGAUGCCCUGAAGGAAAGCGAGUUAGGAAGUCGUCUUUUCCAAUCGAAUAUGAAGCUGGCAAGGGAGCGGGGAUUAGCCAGGUCCUGCCAUCGGGUUGGGAAAGAAUCGAAAUCCAUUGUAAGUAACGGGAUCUUUGACCCCAAUAUUGAGUUCCGACGAAGGCACCUAGAAAAGUCACGAGGAUGGAGCAUCUUAGAGGGGUCAAGAACGGAGGUUUGGGUCGACUUUUCGAUUCGGGCAAGCGAUCUUACCAUCCGUACAGGAGACAAACAGAGCCAAAGGAGUCCGUCUGGGUUGGGGAAUUUCAGAAAAGAUGGGAAUUCUUAUGAUUGGAAGGAGAAAGACCCCGUUGUUUGGUAUUCCAGUUCCAAGUUCCUUUUGAUUGGAUUCCAGCAAGUCAAGAGGGCGAGGGCAGGGGGGUCGGGAUCCGGGUUUCUACCGAUGAGUUGGAAUACCCGAGUUGGUUUGGGUCGGAGCCUAUACCACUUUCGAUCCUUUGUAACAGAAGAUGGGGUAGACUAUUCGAGUUUGGAUUUUGGGACAACAGUUAUACGAAUUCUUACACAACAAAUAUGGAUCGACGCUGGAGUGAGAGUAUUUGAGGGAAAGGGAUCUGAAGUUUGUUUACGUUUACCCAGCAGGGUGAGAUGA